AUGGCUAUAGCUGCACUUUACCGCGAUCCGACACCACCUUCUUCACCGUCACAGCCUGCUUCUCCUGUGCUCCCUUCCUCACCGCCACUCCUGUCAUCACUGCCACCCCCUUCGGACCGUGAAUCCCCGCCACCGCCUAGGUCUUUCCCCUUACCUCCGCCAUCGCCACCUCUGUCGGAUUGUGGGUCUCAGCCACCCGAACCGACACCGCCACCACCAGAACGUACGCCGACUCCCGCUCCUGAGGUCAAGCGCAGAAUCGAGCACUUUGGCAAUCAAGCGGGCGAAGUUCUGAAUCCGGAUGACGACCCUGGCAAUCCUUACAGUCAAUACAAGGCGGGGAUAGACGGUGACAUCAAUCCCGACAACCCGUACUUGCCCUUCCACACCAAAAUGGAUUGGGAUAUUGUGUCCUGGUCGAAGUCGUUCUCGAUCGGCUCCAAUGCCUUAACGGCACUACUACAGAUUGAAGACGUCAAAGACCGACUUGGCUUACAGUUUUCAAGCACUCGGGCGCUCAACGCGAUCAUGGACAACAAACUGCCAUCAAGGCCCAACUUCAAACGCCGGACGUACGCGCUUGGGGGAGAACAGCUGGACAUAUACAUGCGCGACAGCCUCGAGGUACUGUGUGAGCUCUAUGGGCGGCCAGACUUCGCUAGUCACCUCAUUUUUGUGCUGGAGAAGCAUUUCGUGCUCAUGGGAGACGAGGAGGACAGGGCAUACUUGGAUAUGCAUACAGGUACAUGGUGGUGGUAUAUACAGACGAGGAUAGAGUUGAAGUGCCCAGGCGCAACCAUCAUCCCCCUCAUCAUCUCAUCCGACAAAACGCAACUCACCCUUUUCCGCAACCGCUCCGCUUACCCCGUUUAUUUCACCAUCAGCAACAUCCCGAAGGAGCUGCACCGGAAACCCUCCUUGCAAGGCAUGGUCCUCCUCGGCUAUCUCCCCGUCACCAGCCUUACCAG